UAGAUAGAUAGAUAGAUAGAUAGAUAGCUGCAGGAACAGCAUGGAAGCUUGAGGAAGACUUCCAGUCACAUUCUGCCAAUGUGUGUUCCUACCGAUAUCCCUAUUCUCUCAUGAAGAUCAAUUUUAGCAGGUAUCUAAUAGAUGGAAUUUGUUACAAUAUUAGUCAGGUUAUGGGUAAUUCGAUACUGCUUGGAGCUUAAAAAUUGCUUUGGCUCCUAUAUCAAGCUCCCCACAGCAAGGCACAUUAUAGCACUACGCAAAUCAUUGUCCACAGGUUUGUCCCUUCGCAAUUCAAUUGAUACAUGCAACUGUGCCAAACACAAUGUGUGGAGGAAGACACAAAAUGCUGGAGUAACUCUGGAGAGAAGGAAUGUGUGACGUUUCGGGUUGAGACCCUUCAGACUGAUGUCGGGAGUGGGCAGUACAGAGAUAAAAUGUAGCCAGAGACAGUAAGACUGGUCGGAGGACUGGAAAGGGGGAGGGGAUGGAGAGAGAAGGAAAGCAAGGGCUAAUUGAAGUGAGAGAGGUCAAUGUUCAUACCGCAGGGUGUAAGCUACCCAAGCGAAAUUUGAUGUGCUGUUCCUCUAAUUGGCGUUGGGCCUCACUGACAUUGGAGGAGGUCCAGGACAGAAAGGUCAGUGUGGGAAUGGGUUGUGGAGUUAAAAGUGUUUAGCAACUAGGUAGGUUUAGGCGGACUGAGUGGAGGUGUUCAGCAAAACGAUCACCGAGCCUGGUCUUGGUCUUGCCAAGUGCUGGAGGAACUCAGCGGGUCAAGCAGCAUAUGCGAAGGGAAAUGUACAGACGUCGUUUCGGGUCGGGAACUUUCUUCAGAUUUCAAAAUUCCAGCAUCUGCUGUAACUUGUUCCUCCAUAAAACUGUGGCAACUGGGGCGAUGGGAUAAUGAUCGUGGUGACUCAUUUUAUAUCUGCAUGUGAAUACUAUUUCCAGUUGGUAUGUGGACCAGGGUGCUUCAGAUGGGAUUUGUUUAAAUUGGCAUCAUGUUCGGCAUCGUGGGUCGAAGGGCUUGUUUUUAUGUUGUCCUGUUCUGUGUUCUGCGUUCUAAAAAGGUAGAGAUAAGAUUUGUGUUUGUCUCCAUGUAUAUUUGUGUGGCCAGAGACUCUUAAUGUGUGUGACUGUGUGUGUGUGUGUGUGUGUGUGUGUGUGUGUGUGUGUGUGUGUGUGUGUGUGUGUGUGUGUGUGUGUGUGUGUGUGUGUGUGUGUGUGUGUGUGUGUGUGUGUGUGUGUGUGUGUGUGUGUGUGUGUGUGUGUGCGCCCAUGUACCUAAAACAAAGCCUGAUUCCUAAUCAUCUUCGAUCUGUUUGCCAUUGGAUUAAUCAUUCGUUCUGUUAAGCAGUCGCGGCACUUGGUAGGCAGACCAUUUUUUCCCAACCCAACUGACCCCCAUCACCAAAUUCAAUCACGACGCACAGGCAUCUACCACUCCCUGGAACUGGAGUACAGAAGGAUCAUCCUCCAACUCGAGGGACAACAUAGGAAGAAGAACAAAUGAUCUAUUGGUCCCUCUGACUGUCCUUCAGUCGCAGUGGACAUGGGAUAGAAUAGUAUUUACAGUGCCCUUCAUAAUGUUUGGGACAUUUUUAUACACUUUGGUUUCACCAUGUAGAAAAUACUGCAGUGUUUAUACAUAGUCCCCCCAUUUCAGGGCACCAUAAUGUUUGGGACACAGCAUGUCAUGUAAAUGAAAGUAGUCGUGUUUAGUAUUUUGUUGCAUAUCCUUUGCAUGCAAUGAUAGCUUGAAGUCUGCGAUUCAUGGACAUCACCAGUUGCUGGGUGUCUUCUCUGGUGAUGCUCUGCCAGGCCUGUAUUGCAGCCAUCUUUAGCAUGCUCGUUUUGGCAGCUAGUCCCCUUCAGUUUUCUCUUCAACAUAUAAAAGGCAUGCUCAAUUGGGUUCAGAUCAGGUGAUUGACUUGGUCACUCAAGAAUUGACCAUUUUUAAGCUUUGAAAAACUCCUUUGGUGCUUUAACAGUAUGUUUGGGAUCAUUGUCUUGCUGUAGAAUAAAUUACCGGCCAAUGAGUUUUGAAGCAUUUGUUUGAACUUGAGCAGAUAGGAUGUGUUUAUACACUUCAGAAUUCAUUAUGCUACUACCAUCAGCAGUUGUGUCAUCAAUGAAGAUAAGUGAGCCAGUACCUUCAGCAGCCAUACAUGCCCAGGCCAUAACACCCCCACCACCGUGUUUCACUGAUUAAGUAGUAUGCUUUGGAUCUUGGGCAGUUCGCUCUCUCCUCCAUACUUUGCUCUUGCCAUCACUCUGAUAUAAGUUAAUCUUUGUCUCAUCUGUUCACAAGACAUUUUUCCAGAACUGUCGUUGCUCUUUUAAGUACUUCUUGGCAAACUGCAACCUGGCCAUCCUAUUUUUGCGACUAACCAGUGGUUUGCAUCUUGCAGUGUAGCCUCUGUAUUUCUGUUCAUGAAGUCUUCUGUGGACAGUGGUCAUUGACAUAUCCAUACCUGACUCCUGAAGAGUGUUUCUGAUCUGUCGGACAGGCGUUUGGGGAUUUUUCUUUAUUAUAGAGAGAAUUCUUCUGUCAUCAGCUGUGGAGGUCUUCCUUGGCCUGCCAGUCCAUUUGUGAUUAGUAAGCUCACCAGUGUUCUCUUUCUUCUUAAUGAUUUUCCAAAUAGUUCAUAUUUUGGUAAGCCUAAGGUUUGGCUGAUGUCUCUAACAGUUUUAUUCUUGUUUUCCAGUCUCAUAAUGGCUUCUUUGACUUUCAUUGGCACAACUUUGGUCCUCAUGUUGAUAAACAGCAAUAAAAGUUUUCAAAGGUGAUGGAAAGACUGGAUGAAAGACUAGGUGCUGAGAGCUAUCUUAUACCUACAUUAAGGAGGCAAUUAAAUACAGCUGUAAUUUCUACAUGGUGAAACCAAAAUGUAUAAAAAUGGCCUCUAUUGUCGAUGUGCACUUUAACCACAUGAUUUUUUUCUAUUACAAAUCUCAAAUAGUGGAGCACAGAGGGAUAUAAAUAAAUUAUGCAUCUUUGUCCCAAACAUUAUGGAGGGCAUUGUAUAUGGGUGGCGGUGAGACAUGGAAAGGCGGGAUGAAGAGGAUGAAGAAGUGGAAGAUUGAGAUUGCCUGAAGUGAGGACACUGAGAAUAAUCCUUGUUCGAGACGUACAGUGGCCCUAUUCCCGAACUCUACCUCUGCUACAUCGACGACUGAAUUGGUGCUACCUCCUGCACCCACACACAACUCACUGACUUCAUCCAUUUCACCACUAACUUCCAUCCGCCACUCAAAUACACCUGGACCAUUUCUGACAUUUCCCUACCAUUUCUUGACCUCACUAUCUCCAUCACAGGGGAUAGACUCCUGAUCGACAUCCACUAUAAACCCAUGUACACCAUGGCUAUCUGGACUACACUUCUUCCCACCCUGCUUCCUGUAAGGACUCCAUCCCCUACUCCCAAUUCCUCCGUCUAUGCAGCAUCUGCACCCGCACCAGGGCAUCGGAGAUGUCCUCAUUCUUCAGGGGGUUCCCCUCCUCUAACAUAGAUGAGGCUCUCUUCUAUACCCCUUGACUUUACGCUCACUCCCCAUCCCCAUAAUAACCACUCGUAACAACCCCCUUGUCCUCUCCUUCCACCCUACCAGCCGUCACAUACAACAAAUAAUCCUCCACCAUUUUCGCCACCUCUAACGUGACCCCACCACUUGCCACAUCUUCCCAUCUCCUCCCCUGUCCACUUUCCGCAGAGACCACUCGCUUCGUAACUCCCUGGUGAAUUUGUCCCUUCCCACCCGAACCACCCCCUCUCCGGGCAUUUUCCCUUGCAACUGCAAGAAAUGCUAUAGUUGUCGCUUUACCUCCCCCUUGACUCCAUUCAAGGACCCAAGCAGUCUUUCCAGGUGCGGCAGAGGUUCACCUGCACCUCCUCCAACCUCAUCAAUUGCAUCCGCUGCUCCAGAUGUCAGCUACUCUACAUCAGUGAGACCAAGCGUAGGCUUGGCGAUCGCUUCGCAGGACACCUCUGCUCGGUUCGCAAUAACCAACCUGAUCUCCCAGUGGCUCAGCACUUCAACUCCCCCUCCCAUUCCGAAUCUGACCUUUUUGUCCUCGGCCUCCUCCCUGGCCAGAGUGAGGACCACCGUAAAUUGGAGGAGCAGCACCUCAUAUUUCGCUUGGCCAGUUUGCACCCCAGCGAUAUGAACAUUGACUUCUUUAAUUUCAGGUAGUCUUUACUUUCUCCUCCAUUUCUCAGCUCUCCCUCAGUCCACUGGCUCCAUCUCUUCUUCCCCUCUCGCCCUCAUAUCAGUCUGAAGAAGGGUUUCAGCCCGAAACGUUGCCUAUUUCCUUCGCUCCAUAGAUGCUGCCUCACCCGCUGAAUUUCUCGAGCACUUUUGUCUACCAACUAACUUGAAUGUUGGGGACAGAGGCGGAGCACAUUCAAUCAGUCUAUGAACUUCAGACUAGCCCUAGCAUGAUAUCCACGAAGUCUAUCGCCUUUCUGAAUUACAGCAAUCAUGUAAGCCCCAGAAUUUAAUUUCAGCCAUUUGGAAUCUACAUUGGCGACCACACUUCUGUCGAAUCCAGGCAAGCAUAGUGAGAACGGUCACAGCAUUUCCCCCGACAUUAUUGAAUCAAAAUAAAUCACAGGAGUUCAUACGGGCGCGAACGUAACGCGAGUGAGAAGCGUGUUGGUGCUGCCGUGUCGUGUAUAUCUGUGAUGCUCUUGGCGUGAGUGAGACUGGUCAGGAGUAACGGGAUCUGACCACAAAUAAGCAGAGAUUUGCCACGGGCAGCAAAAGUAAUCCGGGGUUUUGUUAAGACCCAACGCCAAGCCUGAUGGACUCGAAAGGAGCAGUAUCCAUGGCAAAGCAAUGACGCUGGCUUUAACUGAGCGCAUAACACGGUCGUCAGAUAGCAAUACAACUUGUACCGACACUGCUCAUAGACUGCGAGAGGGAGGGAGGCGAGGUCUGACCUACAUGAAGCUCCAACUCCCAGUUUUGUGAAUAGCUGUCUUGUCCCAGCAAUGGAUUCUGAGACCGAUUAUUAAGGAAUUACACCUCUUCCAAACUAUGUCGCCGCAACAAGAUAACAUUGGUCAGAGUCGUUCCUCUUCGCUGUCGGGGGAAACUCGAAUACCGCGCCGCGGAGGGACCGAGAAGAAGAAAAUGAAGAGUCUGGCCCAGAGACGACAAUCGGCCCCCUCUUUGGUGAUUAGCAAAGCACUUAACAGAACCAGAACAUUCUCCAGAGAAAGCUGCCAGUCUCCUGUAAGUCCGGAGCUCUGUCCUCUUGUUCAGUCCAUUACAGGACCGCACAGAACAUUCCUUAUGGAAGGACAUGUUCAGCUCAAGACUGGUCUCCAAACCCAAGACCGCCAUCUCUUCCUGUUCAAUGAUGUAUUAGUCAUAGCGAAAUCAAAAUCAGCAUCUUAUUUCAAGCUGAAAAAACAUGUGAAAGUCAGUGAGGUUUGGACGGCAUCCUACAUGGAUGGAGUGUGUGAAGGAAGUACAAAGGUAGAACAAUCCUUUGUAAUGGGCUGGCCCACCACAAAUUGUGUGGCCACGUUCAGCUCCACUGAACAGAUGGAGAAAUGGCUCUCAUGUCUCCGAAGCUGCAUUAAAGAAGAGAAAGAGAAAGAACAUCCAAAAACUAUUCCUUUGAAGAUUAUUACCCGGAAUGUGGCAAGCUGCGUAUAUUCAAAGGUCUUAACAGUGAAGAACACAGACACAGCAAAUGAUGUCGUUGCCAUGACACUACAACAAUUUGGCAUCACGGGCAAUCCUAAAGAUUAUCAACUUUGGGUCAUCUCUGGCAAAGAAGAUACUCCCUAUCCUCUUAUUGGUCAUGAAUAUCCUUUCAGCAUUAAAAUGAGGUGCAUUCAAGGUGCAAGUGGACGGACACAAGGGAUCAAGGACUCGAUCUAUCGAGAUUUCCAGACGCCGUUCGUUGUGGAGCAGCUGCCAGUGGAGAUGCAGUGCCAAUUCAUCUUGAAGCCAAGUCACCUAGCAUUGUUUCAGCAGAUGGCUGAUCCAAAUCAAAAGCAAUGCAAAAGGAAAAGAUCAAUAAUGAACUGGGCUUUCUGGCGUGGUUCUGCGACUCAUUUAGACAGCUUGCCUCUGUCCCCUACUUCCAUAACACCAGGAAGACUCUUUGGCCUUCCACUGUCAACCAUCUGUGAGAAUGACAAUUUCCCACAGCCUAUCAUGGACAUGUUCUCCUUUCUGUUUUAUGAAGGACCAUUCACCAGCGGUAUUUUCAGACGUUCAGCAAAUGCCAAGUCCUGCAAGGAGCUGAAGGAGAAGCUAAAUUCUGGAGCUGAAGUACACUUAGCCAGCGAAUCUGUGUUUGUGACUGCUGCUGUGUUCAAAGAUUUUCUUCGGAAUAUUCCCGGCAGCAUCUUUUCUUCAGACCUGUAUGACGAUUGGAUGGCAGCAAUGGAAAGGAGCAGUCAUGAAGACAAGAUAAAGGAAAUUCAAAGAUUGCUGGUCCAGCUCCCAAAACUGAAUGUCUUCCUCCUGCACUAUGUGUUUGGAGUCCUUCACAAAAUCGAGCAGCAGGCUGAGAAAAACCAAAUGAACGCCUUUAACUUGGCCGUCUGCAUCGCGCCCAGCAUCCUGUGGCCCUCCACACCCAGCAGCCCCGAAACAGAGUGCAAGUCAACAAAGAAGGUUGCCUUGUUUGUGCAGUUUUUAAUUGAAAACUGCUCCAGGAUUUUUGGAGAUAACUUCACUUCUCUCUUUGAAGCAUUAUCAUCAAAAAGGUUUGGGAGUAGAGAUGAUGGUUCAGAUCUCCAUUCAUUUCAAAUGCAUGACUCCUCUUACAACAGUCUGGAAAAUGAGCUCAAUGAUGAAACCGACUACACUCUAAUGACAAAACGAAGCCAAGAAAAUAGAAGCAGGGAUUCGGUUCUGUCCUGGAGUGACUGUGAUCUUGACCACCCCGAGGAUGAGGCAGUUAGUGUAAAGGUUCCGCCGACAAUUAAGUCAUUGCAAAUUCCUUCUGCUUGCCUGAGGGGAAGUAUGGUUUGCCAGUUCACAAAAGAUGCCCUCCUGGAAUCCAAUGGUUCGGGUUACUCGACUUGCGAGAGGUUGACAGUCCCCAGAAGACACAGGAGGAGCUCUGAACCCAAUAUAGUUCCUCCGACCUCACAGUUCGCCCAGCCACGCCAGAUUCACACCACUGUAAUCCGCAAGACUAGCUGUGAUGCCGUCCUGAGACAGACAGCCGAGGACUGCAUUGAUCAGCUACAAAUGCUGCAGAUGGGGGGGCAGAAAUUCACAAAACAAAGUGUAAGAAUGAGUGCUGAUUUGGGUGAGUCCAGAAAAGGUGGCCGUAAAUCAGAUCGAAAGGGAUCAUCGAGUGGUGGCCAACAUCGGCCACCUCCUCCCCUUAAAAUUAAUGUCUCUUCCGUAACCAGCAGUUCCCAGUCCAGUCCCUCUUCUCCAGGCACUCCACUCUCAACAUCCCCAAUGAGUUCAUGUGACAGUGUUUUUUCACACAGUGCAGAAUAUUUUGUGUUCAGUUCAAGGGAGACUCCCUCUGCAUUUUGUAAUACCACUCGGCCGCAGAAAGGCCAACUAGUGAGGCCAACUAGCCCCAGAGGCCAACUAGCUUCUGGACACCUGCUCACUGGAUAUUGUCCAGCUUCCCGCUCGGCUGCACAAGACCAACACGAGAGGUCAGCCAGUGCGACAGAGGAUAGCUCUACCUGCAUCACUGGGAAGAGCCCAGUCAAUAAAUGGAGAAAAGAAAGUGGAACUUGCACGCUGAGGAAAAGGGGGAAAGACGGAAAGCUUGACGGCAAAAGUGAUUCAUCCUGUGAAGGAAAUGGAGAGUUACCUGAAUCGGAAGGUAUGGUUCAAAAUAUGGAUAAAAGCCAAUCUGUAGAUUCUCCGUCUGAUCAGGAGGGAGCUAGGUCACCGCUGCCUAAUCUGGCUGCAAAAGAGAAAGGAUUGGUGGUCGGGCCUUUGCGACCUUUAUUUCACCCUGAUUCACAACAAUUCACAAGCAGAUCCAUUACUUGCGGUUUUCCUUUGACGAGCACCGCCAACAAGGCUUUUCCGGGACAGAGUGAGCUUUAUCAGAUUCCUCAGACUGUUUUUUAUGGGCAGAAUUCGUCGUUAUGUUCUCAGUCAAAACCAUGUCAGCAGUCAUCGCCUUCCAAGACGGGUAUAAGUUUUGGGCCAAGCACGUCCGAUGGACACUCGACUGAACGGCUUCCUUGUGCCCAUUGUGAGUAUCGCAACCCCGGCGAGAGUUCCAGCAAUGCCGGGGUGUCCGAGAAAGAGGGUGGGACGUCCCAGGGAAAGAAACUGUUCCCAUCCGAGCGCAGACCCCACACAGCCGUGUGGGAACUCAGCAGCGGGCACUCUGAGACUCUCUCCAGCAGCGCAGUGCAAGUAGUUGAGGAUUACUUUUUCCAAAAUGACUCAGAGAACUGUUUGAUAACAACACAAGAAGUGACUAGAGCUGUGAUUCAGAACAAAAAAGAGUGGCAAAAACAGUGGUGCGCCAAUCCAAAAUUGGAAGACUUUGACCAGGUGUUUUUCUCAGAAGAGUCUUAUGUGUAAUACUCUGUUGGAAAUAUUGUCAUUAUUUAUUUCCAAAACGUACUUAGAAAUGAGUUAACCUUGAGACAAUUAGCGCUAGCUUCUAAUCUUUUUAGAAUAUCGAUUUAACAGUCCAAAUAGUUGUUGACACAUUUUUGACAAAUGUCAAAGUUUGUAUUUUACAAUUGUGCUGAAUAAUACAUAUAAAUGUCCACUGAAGAGCUAAAAUGUAUCCACUUCUGAUUUAACAGAAAUAAUUUCUAUAAAUCAACUAUGAUGCUCUAAAUCUCCAAACUGCUAAACACAGGUAUCAAGGAGCUGCCCCAGCUAUUGUGCCUGGCUGACAUUAUCUGACAACAUUAAGGGUUAUCAACUGCCCUGUAUUUUAAGGUAACCAUUUAGUUAAACAUAUUCUUGAUUGUCCCAUCUGAUUUUGCCAUGGGACAUCAUUAUUUUCUUGUGGCUGAUAACAAGACUGUGUUAGCAAUUCCCUGAGUAGCCCCAGCACUAUAACACUCUUGUAAGCAUCCAAUUUAUUGCGAAUCAAGAAGCCUUAAACCAGAUAAAGAUGAGGGGAGGCCUGGAGGCAGGAAGACUUGAGUUGCUUAAUAUUUUAGUUAUCAACAUUGCAGCCUUAUCAACAUGACCUGCUUUGUUGACUGCAAGUUAUACCCUUAGUACUUCACAGCAGUAGAAUGAGAUUGACGGGGAAAAAUAGAGCAGCCAUGAGCCGUGGGCAGCGCAGUGGUACAGCUCGCAACACCAGACAACCGGGAUCGAUCCUGGCUACAGAUGCUGUCUGUCUGUGCGGAGUUUGCACAUUCUCCCUAUAACCGCGAGGGUUUUCUCUGGGUGCUCCGGUUCCCUCCCACCUUCCAAAGACAUUCAGGUUUGUAGGAUAAUUGACUUCUGUAACAAUUGCCCCUAGUGUGUAGGAUGCAAAAGUGGGAUAACAGAACUAGUGUAUGGAUGAUCGAUGGCCAGUGUGGACUUGAUGGGCCGAAGGGGCUGUUUCUACGCUGUAUUUCUAAACUAAUAACUAAACUAAAAGUACAUGUGCCCAUGGAGCUGAUUUGGUUUAUGUUAUUGUGUUUAAGAAGGAACUGCAGAU